CCUCCGUCCACCUCCGUCCACCUCCACCAUGGCCUCCAUCGUCGCCCGCGCCCGUGCCCUGGCCACACCCACAUCUACGGUCGCUGCGACGUUCGCAAGGCCUUCAUGGACGCGCUCAACGGCCCCUCGGAUAUUGAGGCAUGCGCGGACGUACGCGACCGCAAAGCAACCCAAGACGCUUCCCGAAUUCUCCCUAGAGGGCAAGGUUUGCCUCGUCACCGGCGCUGCCCGCGGUCUAGGCAACGAGUUCUGCCGCGCCUUCGUCAACUCAGGAUGCACGUCGCUCGUCGUAGUCGACUUGAAACAGUCGGAGGCGGAUGCCGCCGCUGAAGAGCUUGUGAACGCUGCAUGCGUUAACAGCGACUUGAAGCCAAGCGACUUCAACGUCAUUGGCCUGGAGUGCGACGUCUCGUCCGAGCUGUCCGUGCAGAAGGCCUUCCAGGCGACCCUCGACAAGUUCGGGCGCGUUGACAGCGUCGUCGCGUCUGCUGGUAUCGUGGAGAACUACGCCGCGUUCGACUAUCCCUUCGACCGCAUAAAGCGGUUGUUCGACAUCAACGUCCACGGCGCCUUCUUCACCGCCCGUGAAGCCGCGCGCAUCAUGAUUCCCCGUGGCGGAGGCAGCGUGGUCCUCGUCGCCAGCAUGAGUGCAUCCAUUGUUAACAUCCCCCAGCCCCAGACGCCGUACAACGCUGCCAAAGCCGCCGUGAGGCACAUGGCCUCCUCGCUCGCCGUCGAGUGGGCCAAAAAGGCCGUUCGCGUGAACACGCUCAGCCCGGGUUACAUGCUCACCAAGCUUACCCGGACCAUCCUUACGCACGACCCGGAGCUCAAGCGCACGUGGGAGAGCCUUACCCCUAUGGGACGGAUGGGUGAACCGGAGGACCUUGCCGGUGCCGUUGUGUUCCUUGCCUCGGACGCGUCCCGGUUCAUGACCGGUACCGAGAUCCGUGUCGACGGUGGUUACUGCAUCAUCUAAACUAUUGGGAAUAUGAGACCCCCCCGUCUACGUGAUCAACGGAGGUGUGUUCGGGUCGGCAAAGUUGGACGGCUCUGUUCCUUUGCAUGUCAGCGACGAUUUAUACCCCAGAGAAGCGUUAUCUUCGACGAAGCAAAGGGGGGCUGGCGAUUGGAUGACAAAAGGACACUUUCACCUUCGGCCGUUAUGGUACAGGAUUAUUUCUCUCGACGCAAUGCUUCCCCGCACAUAGAAACAACCAUAAAUCUACCGCCCAAAUGAA